GCAUUACAUGUUACUUUCAGUUUUUGUUUUAAUUAACUACCGUAAGUUUAAGUUGUAGCAGCAUCAGCACGCCUACAACAUGCACAGACCCAUUGAGAAAUACCUCGCAGAGGACAGAUGGUAGAUUGAGUUGUGAAUACCUGUGCUACUUUUAGUUACUGCACACCAUUCUCAUGUUUCCCUGCGUUUGCCAGACCCGUCUGUGUUCCGAUGAACCUGGUGCCAAGGCUUAUGUAUAAGCUGUUCCCACGCUUGUGCUUGAAAAGGGGUACAGUGUGAUUCUGAAUGAUCCAUUAAGCACAGAUUGGACCAUGCUGUGAUAAUUGUGCUGGAAUUAAAUAAUUUGAAUUCAUAUAGUAGUGUAUCCAAUCAUCCUAAAUACUUCUAAGAUGAUUGCUGCACAUAUGCAUUCAAAAGUAGUCAUUUUUAUCUUUCUUUGCGCAUAGCUGCAGCUCCUGAUACUCAGGUCUUCUACUCUGCAAGCCCACGAGGCCGCUCCUCCAGCCUUUGAUGCCCACACUCUUUGAAGCAGGUGGACAGACAUAGGCAUGAGUAACAGUGGGACCAAAGAGCCGUCUCCCCAGCCAAGCACUGCCCAGUCACCUCCUGAGCCUCAGCGCAGGGGCAGGGGUCGGCCACGGAAACAGCAGCAGGAGCCUGUUGGACCACCGACUCCAAAGCGACCAAGAGGACGACCAAAAGGCAGCAAGAACAAAGGCCCCAGAACUGCACUGAAGAAAGUAGAGCCUGUUGGGGAGAGACGACCACGUGGGCGACCAAGGAAAUGGCCGCAGAAAGUAGUUCAAGAAGUAACUGAAGAGCAGCAGGGCCCUUCAGAAGAAGGUGAGGAGGGUCCCUCACAGAUUGAGCCCUCGUCAUCUCAGGUCCCAGCACAGGAGGAAGGGGAGUAGAUAGGAUGCCUCUCUACCUACCUCAAGGUUUGGCCUCAACAAACAGGGGUACAAUCUGACUCCUAUUUGUGAUGAGGAUUCAGGAACACACCCACACACACAAAAUCAUUGCAGACAGUGGUUUCUUCUCCUCAACCAUGGAUUUGUUGGGUGAACAUUGGAUUUGAUUUGAUCUUUGGAUAGGGCUUUUGUUGUAGGGAACAGUUUGACAUUUUGGGUUAUUUUCUUUCUUGCAGAGAGUCAGAUUAAUGCCACUCUCAUGUCUGUAAGAUAUAUAUGAAGCAACCACCAGCAGCCAGUUAGCUUAGUUUAGCAUAAAGCAUGGAAACAGAGUGAAAUAGCUAGCUUGGCUAUGUCUUAACAUAUAAAUAUCUGUCUUUUAGCACCACUAUAGCUCACUAAUUAACAUGUUAUAUCUU